AGUUUACUGUUUCCGUUCGGUUGGGUUUUUCGCUACGGUCGUACUGGUCGACCGGCCCCCGUAGGAACAUGCUUGGGGCCCGCUGUACGGUGCGUCUCCAUGCAUUCGAAAAGGAUCUCACUGUUUGCCGUAUCAACUGCGACCGUGACCGUGAAUGAGUUUUAGUUUUGGUUCAUCUGCUUAACUGCCACGUGUAGUAGUUUUAUGGGCGACGGCGGGAAGGCCGAAGGCAGGAAUCCUUACCGGUGUAGUUGAAGGUGCAGAAAAGACAACACACAGAGAGAAGAAAUCAAAACAAACAAGUGCGCACGAAAGCUAGCCCAAAAGCAAAGCGCGACUUGACGAGGGAAAAAAGAAAGAAAAGCAAAAACUGUUCUCUGUCGGUGGUGCCAGUAGCCGGCAACCAGCAAGCAAGUAAUUUAUCACAUUACUUGUACCCAGUUUAUUUAUUUGUCUCGUGCGUGUGAUUCCUUUUUGGUGGUUGCUUUUUGGCUGCCCCUACCGUUCACGGUUACAUAAAUUGAUCGAACACCGAUCAAUUAUCGGCUCGUGGUGGUUUAUUUGGUGCAAACAGUUCGAAAACAAAACAACAGCGUGCUUGCGGUUCAUAGUAACCGAAUAACGGCUUUUUGUCUUUCUCUCGCCCUGCAAACGAUCAUAGUAAUCGGGCUUUUCGCCCAAACGUGUUUUGCGCGCGCUUUCAUAUGUCACUCCUGUCACAUGGUGUGUUCGUUCUACGUAUCUAAGCAAAACAAAUUGUUAUCAAUUUCCUUCCCAAAAAAACGUAUCAACUCUAACCUAUCCCAACGCACAUCCUGCUAGUGAAAGAAAAGUGAACGAAAAGUGAGUGUGUGUGCGUGUGCGAAAAAAAAAUCCUGUUACCACAAUUUUGGCACACAGAUUGCAAUCAAAUUUCGUGCGUCCCUGCAGCGACACGAGGGCUGGGGCGGUGUAAUUUAAUUACCCCUUCUUCUGCUUUUUUAUUGAACCCCUUUUUGCCCCGCUGAGAGAGGUGUUACUUACGAGCAAUACUAGGCACUUAUCGGCCACAUUUUAUCACUCGGUGUUAUCUCGUGCUGCGUAUUUGUGUAUUUGCGGUUGGUGCCGGUUGCCUGCAGUUUUUUUUUUUGUGUGUGUUACUUCUCAUAUUGUUUGUGAACCGAUAUUUAUUCCACGAGGUUGUCGUUGUUACUGUGUUGUUGAUAGUGUGAAACGCUGGUAGGUUCGGUCGUGCGGGACAGGAAGAUCGUGAUCGCGCGACUGUGGCCGUUGGGUGAGUGAGACACCGCAACCGCAACCAACGGUGAAUGAUAAACACACAAAGUCACGUUAAAUAGCUGCCCAAAGGCGGGUUGUAUUCGUGUAGCGGAAACAGACGGGGCACGGGCACGGGUGGUAGUAAGUGGUGAUAAAAUAAUAGGCGCAACAGUAGCGCACCCGCGGAGUGAUACUACCCAAAGAUAGGUCCAGAUCGUGGGCACGCGUGUGUAACGCAGAGAAAAUAUAAGUUAAUAUACAAACAACCGCACACAACAAGCGAAAAAAAAAAUGUCGUACAACGCAGAUGAUUGUCCCGAUAGCGAUACGGUGGUUGGAGGCGGAGGAGGAGGUAGCAGUGGCGGUGGCGGCACGACCGAAUCAAAUUGCGCGACACCGACCUCGCCGGGGAUGACGCGGCAGGACGCGGUCGUGGUGCACGGUGACGGUUGGUCCAUCGAUGGGGGCGAUCCGGCCCCGACCGCCGGCCCACCGUCGAUGGCCGGCUACGAACCAUGCGAUCCGCUAAUUAUCUUGAAUCUAUUUCAAUCCCUUUCCGCCACCACCAACUCGCUGGAGCUGCAGAUGAAAAUCAAUCUUCACCUGAAGGCCCUCACGAGAUCACCGUACGUCUUUCUCGUGCCGAUCCUGCACUCCAGCGAGGAAGGUCUCAUACAGGUCAUUAACGAUAACGUGCUCGAGAAGGAGAUUCGCUUUUCCAUCAACUCUACCCAUUUCCGCAGCGGUUCGCAACACAAUGGUUACCCGUUCGUCAUCGAUGACCUUAACAAGGAUUUCUCCGAGGUGAUUGAAAUGGUCGUCGGCAACAAGCACAACACCCUGAUCUACGACAUCCUAGGCCCGAAGGUGAGCAAACUCCAGACGCAAACGUCGACGACGUCGGCCUCCUCGACGUCAUCGCUGAACGAGCUGAACUAUGCCGCGUUCCAGCAGCAGGCGUUCCAGCAGCAGGGCCAGAACGGCGCAACGCAACAGCAGAUCGCACUGUUCGUCUGCAUUGCCGGUGACAGCUCGUCGCGAUCGCGGUAUCAGUUCUACAUCGACGAUACGUUCCGGUACGUGCUGGGCCACCUGGUGACGGCGUUCGAGCUGUACGAGGAGAAGCGUGUGCGCGAUCAGUGCCAAAAUUUGCUACAAGUGGCCCGCCGGUUGCUGGGAAAGAUAGGUGACCUGGGACAGCUGUUGCGGGGCGUCAUGACGGAGGCCAAGGAACUGGCGGCUGCAGAACGAUGCUCUCUAUUUCUGCUCGACAAGCACACCGGCGAGCUGGUUUCGAAGGUUUUCGAUGGCAAUGAGGCCUCGAAGGAGAUACGCAUCGAGAGCGGCAAAGGGAUCGCCGGCUACGUCGCACAAACGGGCAAACUGCUAAACAUUCGCAACGCAUACCAGCAUCCACUGUUCUACAAGGGAGUCGACGAGUCGACCGGCUUCAAAACGAGGAACAUACUCUGUUUUCCGAUCUGCGACGAGGAAGGCGUCAUCGGUGUGGCCCAGCUCUGCAAUAAGCUGAACGGAUUCCACUUCGACAAGUGUGACGAAGAGGUGGCGACCGCAUUCUCCGUGUACUGUGGCAUCAGUAUUAUGCACGCGCUGGUGCACAAACAGGUCCAGAAAGCCGAGGCACGCUACAAGCUAUCCCAGGAGCUGCUUCUCUACCACAUGAAGGUACCGGAUACGGAGGUGAACCACACACUGGAAGCGGUGAAGGAACCGGACCGGGAGCAGGACGAGCUGUACCGUACGUUUCCGCGCUUUGACUUCUGCCCGCGGGAUGUGAAGGAUCAUGCCCUUUCGGUGCAGCUGGCGAUGCGAAUGUUCUACGAUCUGAACUUUGUCGGCAGCUUCAAGAUACACGAGUACAAGCUCGCCCGGUUUGUGCUGCUGGUGCAGAAGGGCUACCGGGACACGCCGUACCACAACUGGUGGCAUGCCUUCUCCGUUGCGCACUUUGCCUACUCGCUCAUGAUGAAUCUACGGCUGAUUGAGCGCGGCAUUAUCACGAAGAUGCAGGGCUUCUCGUUUCUGAUAGCGGCCUUCUGUCACGAUCUGGAUCAUCGGGGCAUUAGCAACUCGUACCAGACGCAAACGAGCAGCCCGCUCGCCCGGCUGUACAGCAGCGAGGGAAGCGUGAACGAGCGCCACCAUCUGUCGCAAGCGAUCUGCAUCCUGAACGACUCGAGCAGCAAAAUCCUGGACGGGCUGUCGACGACCGAGUUCAAGGAGUGUAUCGAUUAUUUGCGCGAGCUGAUACUGGCCACCGAUUUGGCGAACCAUUUCCGCAUACUGCCCCGCCUGAAGAAGCUGCGCGCGGAGUAUCUGACGGAGGGUUCGAAUCAGCGGCUGCUGCUGUCGCUCAUGAUCACGUGCUGCGAUCUGAACGAUCAGAUCAAAUCCUGGAAAACGGUGCAACAUGUGGCGCACCUCGUGUACGCGGAGUUCUUUGCCGAGGGAGACCUCGAGAAGCAGAUGGGGCUGCGACCGAACGCCAUGAUGGAUCGCAAGAAGGCGUGCAUUCCGAUGCUGCAGAUCGAGUUUCUCACCACCGUCAUACGGCCGACGUUUGAGAUAUUGGUGCAAAUCUUCCCCGAAACUGGUUCCUUCCUGGACACGAUCGAUAGCAAUCGCGAACAGUGGGAAAGGGUCCGCAACCGGGCCGCCCAACAGGGCAAUGGGAGUGAGACCGGCGGCAAUGGUGCAUCGGAACCGUGCAAUGGGUGCAACGCGACGGCCGAAUGUUGUGAUUUUACCUGCUACACACAGGUGAACGAUUGAGGAGAGGGAAGCGACCGUGCUCGGACGGGGAUUGCAGCAGCAAUACGCGAGAGACUAAUGGGUACAAUGGGGGAGUAAAGCAAGACAAUUUUAAUUUAUUUGACAGUAUUUGUACUAGCAUUGUUAUUUUACACAAACACACACAGUCACCUGAUAUCGUCGAAACAGUUCGGUUUUGCAGAAGUGCAGGACACACCACACCACACAUCCCAGAUAGCUUACAUUCACUCGAAAGAUCGCAUACAUAACUUUCCUUCUUGCAGGAGAGAUUAAAGAUUGUUUGCUGGCAAACAGAUCGUUAAUGCUUGUUUUUUUUUUCUUUUGUACAACUAACGCUCGCACACACAAUUACCUUUAAUCUUAAAUCGCACAAUAAUAAAACCCCCGGAUACGUCACAACGAUACCAAAGCAUUUACGGGAUUCGUCUGCGGCCGCGCGUGUCUCUCACUCUCUCUCUAUCACUCUCUCAAUACACUUUCGUUGUUCGGUUGCGUACGACGUCACGAAAAUACACAAAAAAGUAGCGGGAAAAAACAACUAGCUUUUAGGUGGUAGGAGCAGGUGCAAGCAGCAGGCACAACAGGAUA